GAUGAGCACAUCCGUCAACCGCGAUCCGCCGCCAUUUGCCAAAGAAAGGCCGAUCGCUGCUCAGCGGCGCAAGUGUCAUCGGAACUACUAUGUCGAGUGUUUGAAUUGUUUAUUGAUAAAACUGUGAACUCCGUGUGUUCGACAAAACAGUUAAAAUGAUUGUGAGAUUUUUGAGCAUUUUGUGCGUUGGGGUUUUAGUGGCUUCGGCCCACAACGGAGAAGGAAACAACGACAAUGAAGACAUUCCAUACCUGGAGCUAGCGGAGCCGGACGAGGGCUACCACGGGCUGAUCCGGGAGAAUGAGACGCUGGUGGAGGUGACGCCGGCGAUCAAGGCCCGCGGACCGCUCUGCUCAUUCCUCAUACUCAACAACAAGCACCAUGGGGAGGCGCCUUUCGAGAUCAUGGUGAUCGACGAGAACGAGGCGCGGCUGCGCGUGCGCUACCCGCUCAACUGCGAGAAGCGACGCAACUACAAGUUCGACAUCGCUGCCGUGGGCUGCGACGGCUCCUACUCCAACACGGUCCCCGUCCACAUAACGGUGACGGACGUGAACGAGUUCGCACCGGUGUUCUCGCAGGCCGCGUACAUCCGCACCGUCGACGAGGGCAAGAUCUACGACGAGAUCGUCCGCGUCGAGGCCACCGACCGCGACUGUACCCCGCGGUACGGCGACGUCUGCAAGUACGAGAUCCUGAACGACGGAGACGUGGCGCAGCCGUUCACUAUUAGCAAUGAAGGCGUGAUCCGUAACACGGAGAUGCUGGAGUACGAGAAGUCGCACAACCACAUCCUGUCGGUGGUGGCGUACGACUGCGGCAUGAUGCAGUCCGCGCCCGUCAUGGUCACCAUCAAGGUCAACAAACCGUGCCGGGCUGGAUGGAAAGGUAUCGCUGAGCGUGUAGACUACGCGCCCGGCACUGGUCCUCUGGCGCUGUUCCCGGCGGCACGGCUGGAGGCGUGUUCAAGCGACGAGCGCUGCCCCGGCGUCACGCGCAUCCAGGCGGCCGUGACGCUGCAAGCGUCCCGCGCCGGUGUCGCUUGCGAUAGGGACACAUACUCGCUGCACGCACAACGGAGCAUUUGCGGAUUGGACCAGAAGACCAUUGACCUGCUGCCCAGCCCCGGCGUCGGCAACGAGUGGGCCAAAUCUUUGAAACCUGACUCAGGUCGAGAUGGCGAGCAGAUGUUCGAGUUCGAUGGCGACUCCACGUCUGCCGUCGUCCCGGAGACGGUGCUGGCUCACUCCAUCGGCAGCACGUUCGCCGUGUCCACGUGGUUGCGGCACGCCCCGCCCCCCGACCACGACAAACACCGCAAGGAGCACGUGCUGUGUCUCGCCGACGAUCACAAGAUGAACCGUCACCACUACGCGCUGUUCGUGCGCAACUGCCGGCUGAUCCUGCUGUUGCGCCGCGACUUCGGCGAGGGUGACCUCAACAUCUUCCGACCGGCCGAGUGGAGGUGGAAGCUGCCAGAGGUGUGCGACAACGAGUGGCAUCACUACGCUAUCAACGUGCGCUUCCCGAACGUCGAGCUGUAUGUUGACGGCGAGCCGUUCCGUGCCGCCGAGGGCCGCGCGCCGGAGGUGAUCGACGACUGGCCGCUCCACCCCGCACACGGCAUCAACACCACGCUAGUCGUGGGCGCCUGCUGGCAGGGAACGGAAGGUGACAUGAAGCACCACAUGCACGGCUGGAUGGCUGGUCUAGGCGUGUUGGUGGGCGGAGUUCAGCCCGCCACCGCGCUGCGUUGUGCCGCACGCUGCAGGGAGGGGCUUAGUCUAGCACCCGAUCUAUAUCUGAAAUCAGUCUCCGUGGAGGGCGACAGUGCGGGCGAGGUGGAGACGCUGGUGCGGCGCGUGGCGUACGGCGACGCACGCUCAUUCCCCACACCCGGACGACGCAACGUACACCUGGCUACCACUAUCACCUGCGACAACGGUCGCGUGCUGCACGCUCGGGGGGCGGAGUCGUACGUGAUGGUGCUCGCGCCGCAGACGCCCACCAUCCUGCUGAACGGCACGCCGGACGCGGCGCAGGACUACGCCCACUUCCGCGCCGGCCUGCGCGUGUUCCCCGACCUGCGCGUACGCGUGCUGCCGCCCGGCGCCACCCGCACACCCGAAGAAGACAGCCAGAAGCUGGACUCGUGUGUGGUGUCGGUCUACCCGGCUCUGAACCCCGACCACGAGGCGUUAGCGCUGCGGGGGGCGGGCGAACUGCCCCGCUCGGGUAUCCGCGCGGCGCUCACCAGAGACGGCGUUAGUCUCACCGGCGCUGACUCCGUGGCUAAUUACCAGGCGGUUCUCCGUGAGAUCGAGUACAGCAACAAGAAGCCGGCGUACUACCUGAACCGCGUGUUCAAGCUCACCUGCUCCGAGCUCAACGGACGAUUCACCAGCAACGAAUACGUGCAGACUCUGACAGUAGAACACCCGCGCGCGGCCGCUGACGUGCACGCACAGCGGCCAAGCGGGCUCGCUGACAAACUUGACGUCGCUCGCGACAAGUGGCAAUCAGCUGACACCGCGCGCGUAGUAGACGCCCCCCGCGCGUUCGCGGCGCACGCGCAGCACGCGCCGCACUCGGCUGAGCUGCCCGCCGCGCGCCUGCGCGACCUGCACGACCUGAGGGAGCUGCACGCGCACGACGUGCAUUCCAACAACGUGGCGCUGCUCAUCGGCGCCGUGUGUGUGGGCGCGGUGGCGGCCCUGGCGGCGUUGGGCGUGGCGCGCGCGCGCUCCCGCCCCGCCCCCCAGCCCGCACGAGUCCACGACGAGAUGGCGUGGGACGACUCUGCCCUCACUAUCACAGUUAAUCCUAUGGACGAGACCGGCGGCACGAGCGGGCGCGCGGCGGGCAGCUCCGACGACUCCUGCUCCGAUUCCGACUCCGACAACAACUCCUCAGACGACGACGACGAGGAAGUGAUGACGGGCAAACAGCACAAAUACAGGAAUAUCAGUCAACUGGAGUGGGACAACACCACGAUGUAAGCCGGCCGCGCCGCUCGCACACUGUACUUACCACUGUCGCCCUCUCGCUUCCACACUGUCGCCGCCUCGCUCGCACCAUCUCCGGCUACCCGCACCUGAAACCAAGACUGUUUCUUUGAUCACUUUACUACUGGCAGCUGAUGUGUGGACCGUUUUGCAGACACAUGUUUUAAUCACGGGUACUCGAAUAGAUUUUGCGAGUGAACACACUGUUUUAAAUGGAAUUGAUUUUGGAUCACGGGCCGUGAUUUUAGCCUGCUAUUGACACUAGCGGAGCGGAUAGCGUUUUCGGUUAUCUGCUCCGCCGACGUCGAUACGCAGAUUUCUUCUAUCGCACAAUUUACGGACGCGACAGUGUCGUGUAAUUAGGAACAGUAUUUAAAUAUAAAAUAAAAAAAAAUAUUUCUAAUUAAUAAUAUUAAUUUACGACGGAUAUUGUUUCUAAGUGCACGUUUUAUUAGUUUAAGUCUCAAAAUCAUAUCAAAUUUAUACGUAAACACGAUCCCGCUUGCUUACGUGGCGAUAUGAUAGAGAUCGCUCGGAAACCUUUCUUUACUGUAAGAACAACUGUAUCUAUGUAUCAAACAGUAGUCGUGAUUUCGUAUGGAGUCGGUUAAGUGGAAUUAGAGUUAAGCUACUUUGUAUUGUAUAAAAUUGGUUCGUUGAGAGUAGCGGAGUGGUCGAAACGAGAAAGUAAUUUUCAGCCUUAUUCGUAAGGUGUUUAUGUAUACAAUGUAAUAAUGCAAAAAUCGCUGUGAGCGAGAUCGCUACGCUCGUCGCUCCGCUACUCUGAAUGAACCUCCCAAGUGACGCUUUGUGACUAUCCUUAAACCGUGUACCGACGCUAUUUCGUUUCUGCAUUUAAACAAUAGUACAAUAAAAUAGGCAUUUUUUUAAACGUACAAAAUUUAUAUGAGAUAAAUGUCCAUUUUCACCCUUACGAGCUUCUCAGAAAAAACGGCUUAAAAUGUAUAUUAGGCACAGAAUUAUUAAAUAUAGAUGUACUAUAAUAUACACUUAUACAGUGCGAAAUAGGAGCAGCUCUAAUAUAAUUAUAUAUAUAUUUUGAAUGCGUUAAGAUUUUUACUAACAAUUUAGGUACUAAGUGGCUAUGUGUUAGAGGUAGUUAAGGUUCAUUUGUACCGGCACUUGACGGAUAUUUCACAGGCUUUUUCACUCCACAAUCUUCCAUAAUUCGUUUUUAUCCUACAACUACAGUAUUAUUGACAUUCCAUUGUUAAGGGUGUAUUAAGCAUAAGGACUAGUUCAUGCUGAAACGUGGUGCGACUCAGCAAUGCAAACAAUCCAUACCUAAUUGAAACGUCAAACAGCAUGAUGCCGCUUGGCAUUUUAAUUUUGAUGGUGUGGUCGCAUUGUGUAUUUUUUCUUUGUGAACUUACCCUUAUUCCUAAUUUCAAUAACGCCUGUAAGUCGCUAAAAAUAUCGAAACUUUUAAUAAUAAAAAUAUCGAAAUAUUACGAACAAAGAUAAAGAUGAAUCGUUACUGAAAUUACCAUCAAAGAUACCUAAUUAAAAUAAUACAAAUGUAGCUACUGACAAAUCCUACAAGACCUGUGGAAUAUCCUGUAAACUGGAGUUUGCAUAUCAAGUUAGUUUGCCAUAUUAGCGUAGUAUUCAACAGAAGCAAUUGUGACAUAAUCAUGGUGUAACAGUGUCUCCUGUCCCCUACACUUUACUGACUUGGUUGAAACUUUCAUUGUGGACUAAAAUCACUAAUUUUUAUUCUUUAACUAAUGAUUAAUAUUAUUGGCUAUUGUAAUCGGUUUUUUGUACCGUGCUAAAUGGUGUUAAAUACGUUAGAGACAAAGUUAGAUCCUUUGACUAUAAUAUUAUUGACAGAUUAAAAAAGAACAAGGAGAUAAUAGUCGUAUUCGUUUCAUUUUUCAACGCGUUUUUAACGCAUUUAACGCAUGCGCAAAGUUAAAAAUUAGUGUCUCAGUGUCAGUGUCAUGCGCCAAAAUCUGACAGAAAUUGAUGAAAAUUUAGCACAUGACACUGACACUAAUUUUUAACUUUGCGCCUGCGCAAUGCACAGUAACAACACGUUGAAAAACGAAACGAAUACGACUAUCCUUUGGCUAAAUUGACGGAUGGAUAAAAAAAUACGAAUGACAUUAGACGUCAAAGUGACACGUGGCAACUGUCAAACGGCGCAAAGAACAGAUUAUAAAUCGAGACGUGCGGUAAAAGUUGUCUGUUGUCAUUUAAAGUUGCAACUGGACGCACGACUCGUUGUUUUUAUUUUGUUGAGUAUCGAUAUCGCUCGACAACCGUCCAAUAGUCCUUUUUGUUUUUAAUUUUAAGAUCUGAAGUUACUUGGCACAAAUGCAGGCGUUAAAUAUUAAGUGGGGUAGCUACUUAUUUCUAUUUACUAAUUAUUUUUGCAUUAUUAUAAUUUGUAUUAUUGUGGUAUUACUGUAAUUAGGAAACUUCUUUGAUGUAUGAAUUAUUAUAUUUUAGCUAAAAAUAAAGUUGGUUUAAAAUAUG